AUGUCCACCGAAGAUCACCUUCCUGGAAAUACAGAGGAACCACUUGAAUAUGGAGAUGUAGUGAGAGAUGAAGUGUAUAAUGUGAAUGUGAUAAAAAAAGGUCAUUUCUUUCAUGAUAUUCAUGAUCUAAGACAUGAGUCAAAUGCAAAAGACUCGUGUAACUUGGUUCAGGAUUGUAAUGACAUGUCAAAAUUUCAAUUUGGGGCUAAGGACUGUAGGAAGACAUGUUCAUCAAAUAGGGUUCAAGUGAUGUACGAGGAAAGACUGAACAAGGAAACACAAGUGAAUUUGGAAUCCACAAGGACAUGUUUUGCAUGUGAGGUGUGUGGCAAGGAAUUAUCUAAAGAGAGUCACAUCAGGAUUCACAUGAGAGUCCACACAAAGGAGAAGCCAUACAACUUUGAUAGUUGCAAUAAGACAUUCCCAUCCAAAAGCGUUGGCAUACAUACAGAGGAGAAACCAUACAACUGUGAGAUUUGCAGCAAGACCUUCUCAUAUAAAUCUAGUUUUUUGAAGCAUAUGAUAAUGCAUAUAGACGAGAAACCAUAUAACUAUGAGCUUUGCAAUAAGGUCUUCUCACAGAAACAUAAUUUGGUGAAAUGCAUGGGAGUUCAUACAAAGAAGAAGUCAUAUAACUGUGACACUUGCAGUAAGACAUUUUCUCAAAAAAGUCAUCUUGUAAUGCACAUUAGAAUACAUACAAAAGAGAAACCAUACAUCUGUGAAAUUUGUAACAAUACCUUCUCACGGAAAAAUAAUAUGGUAAGGCACAUGAGAACACAUACAAAGGAGAAACCUUAUAUUUGCGAGAUUUGCAAUAAGGCCUUUUCUGAGAGAGGUAAUCUUAUAAAGCAUAAUGGAGUACAUGUAAAAGUUAAGACGUAUAGCUGCGAGAUUUGCAACAAUUCAUUCUCAUGGAAAGAUAGUCUGGUAAGGCACAUGAGAACCGACACGACCUAG